UCCUGGGUAACGGUCGCGGUGUAGCUUGUAAACAAACUACACGAAAAAAGUAACACGCAUUCAUGUCUUCGUAAUAUUUGACAAUUUCUUUUUGAACCGUGUUUAAAUAGGAAAAAACAAUAGUGAGAGAAAGGAUAUCAGGUUGCUAAAAAUUAUGGUGAAGGAAACUAUUAGAAUUUAUGCUCGACUGAAACCGACCAAAUAUCGAACUGGGCUCUUUGAGAUUGAAAAUGAUCAAGCUGAUGGCAGUUCAAUUGUCCAAUUUGUUGUUCCUAAAGAGUUUGCAGAUGGAUUUGUAAACAAUAAGAAAGAAUUGUAUAAGUUCAAGUUCCAAAAUGUCUUCAACCAAGACAUCCAGCAAGAUGUUAUCUUUAAGCAUGUUGCUCAACCAGUUGUUGACAGUGUCCUUGCUGGAUAUAAUGGAACUAUAUUUGCAUACGGACAGACUGGCAGUGGAAAAACAUUUACAAUCACAGGAGGGGCUGAGAAAUAUGCUGACAGAGGCAUUAUUCCAAGAACUCUAUCUUACAUCUUUCAGGAAUUCAGCAAGAACCCCGAUUGCACAUACACUGUCCAAGUGUCAUACCUGGAAAUUUACAACGAAAAUGGAUACGACUUGCUUGAUCCAAGACACGAAGCAGCCAAGAUGGAAGAUCUACCUAAGGUGACAUUGCUUGAGGACCCAGAACAGAAUAUACACCUGAAGAAUUUAAGUCUCCAACAAGCGACCAAUGAGGAAGAGGCACUGAAUUUUCUGUUUGUUGGGGAUACAAAUAGAAUGAUUGCUGAGACUCCGAUGAAUCAAGCUUCUACUCGCUCACACUGUAUAUUCACAAUUCAUCUCACUUCUCGACAGAUUGGUUCAACUUCUCUCCGAAAAUCUAAACUUCAUCUUGUUGACCUCGCAGGAUCUGAGCGAGUUGCUAAAAGUGGCGCUAAUGGCCUGCUGUUGACUGAAGCCAAAUAUAUUAAUUUGUCCUUGCACUAUUUGGAACAAGUAAUCGUUGCACUUUCGGAAAAAAAUCGAUCCCAUAUUCCUUACAGAAAUUCCAUGAUGACAUCUGUGCUGAGGGACAGCCUUGGUGGCAACUGUAUGACUUCAAUGAUUGCUACAUGUGCAGUCGAUAAAAACAACAUUGAUGAAUCAAUCUCUACUUGCCGUUUUGCCCAGAGAGUGGCACUCAUCAAGAAUGAGGCCAUUCUAAAUGAGGAAUUUGAUCCAAAGUUGUUGAUUUCCAAACUAAAGAAAGAAGUUAACCAACUGAAAGAGGAGUUAGCCCUACGAACCGGAGAUAUACGGGAGGACGAACUUACAUCUGAAGAGGUACAGCAAUGUAUAGAUUUAGUAAACCACUACUUAGAAGAUUCUGAAUUGGAGGCAGUCUUAGAUGUCGGAGCUGACAUGCGGAAAAUACAGAAGUGUUUCGAUAUAUUAAAGAAACGGCUUGAAGAGCAAACAGCAAGGUUCCAGUCGGAGACAAGAAGUAAAGAAACCACCGCAACCAACCACCAAGAUCUCGAUGUGAGUCCGUACUUCUCAGCAGAGGAAAGCAAACUGAAGAAUAUCAUUAUGCAAAGAGAUAACGAAAUCAGUAUCUUAGUCAAUAUGUUGAAGAAGGAGAAGCAGAAAAAUGCAGAGCUUGAGAACAACUCACCUCAGAAGCGACACAUAACGAAAGAGUCUUCCUAUUACACAUCACCUGAUUCAUCCCAGACUUCACUACAAGAAAAUUCUUUUACUUCUGAUGAAAACACUAAUGCCGAUAAUGCUGGUUAUUCAGAUAUCUGGAUAAAUCAGACCAAAAGCUUUCAAAAAAACAAAGAGAACAUCACUCACAGACAAAUUUAUAUGCCAGCACAAAAGAGAACUCGUCAAAAGUACAAAGCAGCAAGACACAGACAACGAUGGACGAAGAAAAUGAAAAUAGAUGUUGUCCGAUGUUACUUCAGGGCCGUUGUAAAUACACCAACCUCAUGUAGGCGAUCAAUGUAUCGUUAUUGGAAACAAUUGUACCCAGAUACGACCUACACUGAACAAAGAAUAGCUAAUCAGAAAAGACAAAUAUUCAGCCACGUGGACAAUAUCAGCAAGCACAGUAAGAAAGGGCGUUGGUUGACGAAAUUAGAAGUUGAGGCUAUAAAGAUGGGACCAAUGUCUUUGGGUAGACAGGAAGCCUUUGAUAUUUUCUGCCAAGAUUACAAAGACAACAACACUAUCAAGAUGAAGAAGGCAGAGCUGAAGGAGCAAUAUUCAAAAGCGAAAUCUCUUGGAGAACAAGUCAAUAAAUCCCGAAUACGAAUCAAUCAGUUGAAGUCCAAAGUGGAACAGCACAGGUUACAGUGUGGACUACAAGGAAAGCUUGAUCCUGAUAACCCCGAUGAAGUAGAACAAAGUUUGAAGAAUGAGAUAGAGAAAGAAAAAAUCAAGUACAAAGAUAAUUUCAACUCCCUCCGGAAUUUGAAGAGUGAAAUAGAACAUUGCCAGCAUCUACUAGAGAAAGAAAAGGUUCAACUAAUGAAAGCCUUUGAAGAAUGGUGGGCUGAGCAAGUAAAUCUGGUCAUGCAGCAGGAACAUCUGCAGCAGCAACAAGAACAGCUACAACAACAGCAAGAGCAACAGACUCAGCAUUAUUACAACUCAGUGUCUCCUGGGCAAGCAAGUUCAACAUUGUUACGGUCGUCUUCACUUUUAUCAAUGCAAUCCACAAACAGUAAUGAUCCCCCAGCUAAAGAUCUUCCAAGAAGACUAAGUUCCACUGCCUUGACCACACAUUCCACUCCAUAUCCAACUGGACAACAACCUGUUCCCGUUGCUAGACUGAGUUCUGCUCCUGUCAGUUACCAAAGGUUAAAACAUGGAGACAUUCCACUGACUGGAGAUGCACAAGUUGAUUCUGAUAUUAAAGCCUUUGUUCAAGCUAGAAGAAAUUUGUUACAAAUGCGUUCUGAAAAUAAAUGAGACAAAUGCCAAGCAGCUGAUGCCAAAACCAAUAUUUUAUAGUACACAUCUCUGUUAGAACAAAAUACCAGUUCCAAAUGUAACACCUGAGUGUAUUGCUGUGUAAGUCUUUUCACUGCAAGUUUUUGUUACUCAAAGACAGAGGACAGUGACAUGCAUCAUGUAAUAGUGCAAGGAUAAGGAAAAGAACAAUUUUUGC